AGCCGCGCUCCCCGGCUCGGCCGGGCCGUCCCGCUCGUGAGCCCCCCGAGCCAAGGCCGGGCGCCGCCGCCCGAUGGGCUGGGCCGUGGAGCGUCUCCGCAGUCGCAGGUGCAGCCGCCGUCCCCACAGCCCGGCCAGCCUGAGCAGCGGCGGCGGUGGUGGUGGUGGUGGUGGCGGUAGCCGUGGCUUCCGCAGCGUUCGCCGCAGCAACAGCAGCCGCCGCGUAACCCGAGGCCCUUUGCUCUUUGCAGAAUGGCCCGCUUUGGAGACGAGAUGCCGGGCCGCUACGGCGCAGGCGGAGGAGGCUCAGGGCCGGCCGCCGGGGUGGUCGUGGGCGCCGCGGGCGGCCGAGGAGCCGGGGGCAGCCGCCAGGGCGGGCAGCCCGGAGCGCAGAGGAUGUACAAGCAGUCGAUGGCGCAGAGAGCGCGGACCAUGGCCCUCUACAACCCCAUCCCUGUCCGCCAGAACUGCCUCACGGUCAACCGCUCCCUGUUCCUCUUCAGCGAAGACAACGUGGUGAGAAAAUACGCCAAAAAGAUCACGGAAUGGCCAUAUCCUUUGCCCCAGCUCGGGCGGUUGUGCCUCCCCUCCUCCUCCUCUUCCUCCUCUACCUCCUCCUCCCUCUGCAGGGCUGGAAGAGAGACCGGGGGCGCUGAUGGGAGCCUGGGGGGGCUCCUCGGUGGCUAGGGGCUGAAGAUGAGGGCCCAGGAGCUGAGGGAAGCAGCCUCCAGGCCUGCUGGGUUUCAGCUGCAGAGUGAGCCUGCGAGUAGUUAGGAGGCUCAGGGGAGUGAGUGGUUCUUUGCAAAGACCUAAGGUCUGGGUCCUAGGUCGCUCGGGGACAUUGAUAGGGGCUCUUCCUUGGGGUCUGACUUCCGAUGAAGCCCUAGCUGGGCCAAUGCCUGAACCCUUGGAGUUACAGAGCUGAAGAGCCCACAUGUGCCCCACCUCAAUUCCUUCAGAAUAGGACCCCGGAUCUCUCCACCCUGGCCUUCUACCCAAGGUGGGAGCCUCAGGCCUGAGCCCUGGGAUAUAGCAUGUGUGUCGCCUGGCAGC